CUCGCGGGGGUGCAAGGGCGCCUCCUGGCGGUGCUCCUUCCUGCCUUCCCACUCCUUCUCCUCCCGGAGGGGGAAAAUGGCUUUUGUCUUCCCCGAGGGCUGCCUGGGCGCCUCCCUGCCGGGCUUGGCUCUGGUGGGUCGCCCUGCUCUGGCCCCCUCUCUCCCCCCUUGGGCUUUGGAGGGAUGCGGGGCAGGUGGGGGUCAAGGGGGUGGAGGAAUCCGCUGGUUGGGGGUCCAGGGAAGGAUGGCUUCACCCUGUAGGGAGGCGUGGGGCACGGGAGGCACCCCCUUUAUUCCCAUAGGGAAGUGGGCAUUGACAUGGGACAGACCCCUCUGCAUGUCCCCCUAUAGGGAGGUGUGGGGUGGCAUUGACAUUCCCCUCUGCAUUGACAUUCAGUGCUCUUUUAAAAUGUUCUGGGGAGAGAGGUUAUUGGGGGGCGGGUUUGUUUCUGUUUUCAUUAUGGAUAUUGUUUUUGUUUUUUGUUUUUAUUAGGUAUUUUGUGGUUUUAUAUCUCGAUUUUGUUCUGUGAACCACCCUGAAACCCCCUGGGUAUAGGGCGGUGUAUAAACUUAAUAAAUAAUACAGUGGGACCUCGGGUUACAGAUGCUUCAGGUUACAGACACCGCUAACCCAGAAAUAGUACCUCGGGUUAAGAACUUUGCUUCGGGAUGAGAACAGAAAUCACGUGGCGGUGACAGUGGGAGGCCCCAUUAGCUAAAGUGGUGCUUCAGGUUAAGAACAGUUUCAGGUUAAGAACAGACCUCCAGAAUAAAUUAAGUUCUUAACCCGAGGUACCACUGUAACCUAUUGUGUGUUUUUAUAUUGUGAUUUUAUGCUGUGACCGCCCUGAGACCUGUGGCUAUAGGCCGUUAUACGAAUUUGUUUAAUAAUAAUAACAAUAUUAACAAUUACACCCAAUAAGUUAUGUGUGGAGGGGUGGAGAAUGCAGAGAAGAGGAAUGCAGAGGACACCCCUCCCCCAUUUCACCCCAUAGGGAAGUGAUAUGAGCACCCGGGCCAUCUAGCACCCCUCUCCAUCAGCAUAUGCAAAGGAAGGUGGGGGGACUUCUUUCCUUUUUCCUUGGCCCACCCAUGUGUCUCCUUUACUCUAGGCCAGCGGUUCUCAGCCUGUGGGUCCCCACAUAUUGUUGGACUACCACUCCCAUCAUCCCUGAGCUCUGGUCUUGCUAGCAAGGGGUGAUGGGAGUUGUAGCUCAACAACAUCUGGGGACCCAAGGUUGAGAAAGGCUGGUCUAGGCCAUUGACACCUGGUAUAUGUCAGAUUAUAUCUAUCAGUAUAUUAAAAAUCAACCCUAUUCUUCAGCUCAUAAAUUGUUUUAACUGAUUUUUAACGUUGUGUUUUUUUACACUGUUGCAAACCUGCCCAUGUCAUGGUACAGAAUAAUAAUAAUAAUAAUAAUUUAUUAUUUAUUAUUUAUACCCUGCCCAUCUGGCUGGGCUUCCCCAGCCGCUCUGGGCGGCUUCCAAAAAAAUUAAAAUACUGUAAUACAUCAAACAUUAAAAGCUUCCCUAAACAGGGCUGCCUUCAGAUGUCUUCUAAAAGUCUGACUUGACUUUUUAUGUUUCCAUGAGGUUCUGGGGGAGGGACGACGGCAAAAGAGGGCUGGGGACUUAAGAGGAACAGCAAGAAAAGGAAAGAAUAAAUACUUGAUCAUUCUGCAUGACUAGGAGAGUUGCUGCAUCUUCUCACCCACAACCAGAUUGAAGGUUUUGGUUUGUGGCCUUGAGACAGAGCAGCCUCCUCUUCCAAUCUCUAGCUUCUCUUCGAGUUUUGCUUCUUCUCCUAGAAUGAAACUUGAUUGCUGGCUGGAGUCAUCCACAUAAGUCUUUCUUUUCCGACAGCGCAAUAAUUUGUGUAAACAAGUGUUUUGGCUUGGCAGGACGUGGUGGAACCUCCAAUUCUGUCUGUCUUUGCCUGGAGACAGGCUUUGGCAGAAGAAGGCAGAUUUCACCAUUCAGCCUUCGUGGAGGCUUCCUUGGAGCACAGAUCAACGAUGGGAGAAGAAGACUCAGCUGCUCGCAGAGCAGGAAAAGGCCCCCUUAUCAGUGGGGAAUUCUGGGAAAGAACACUGCCUAAAAACAUGGAUGAGGAGGAGACCCUCAGCUCGGACGUACAACGCCGGCGCUUCAGGCAGUUCCGCUACCAGGAGGCCGAGGGACCCCGAGCGGUUUGCAGCCGACUCCACGAUUUCUGCUGUCGUUGGCUAAAGCCAGGGCAGUACACCAAGACUCAGAUCCUGGACCUGGUGAUCUUGGAGCAGUUCCUGGCUGUCCUCCCCCCGGAGAUGGAGAACUGGGUCAGGGAAUGUGGAGUGGAGACCAGUUCCCAGGCGGUGGCCCUGGCCGAAGGUUUCCUUCUGAGUCAGGCGGAGGAGAAGAAGCAGUUAGAGCAACAGGUGAGAGGGUUUCAUCCUGGUAGUUCCAAGGUGUUGAGAACCCUUAAAAACUCGACUGAUUCCCCAGCUUUCCCUAGAAAUCAUCCAAUAGCCAGCACCCCCAAGCUUUUGCUUCUGCCAUUCUUUUUGCAAUCCUUCUCCCCAUUCUCUGUUUGAAUACACUUUCCUCUUUCAGGUCAAAGUUCUUCUUGGACAAGCAGUUCCUGAUUUCUUUGAGGCGGAGAGGAUUCUGUUGGGCACCGGACAGAGGUCACUGGGUAAGGGAGAAGGAGGUGGACUUGCCUCUAUUGAUUAUACAAUACAGUCGUACCUUGGAAGUCAAACGGAAUUCGUUCCGGAAGUCUGUUCAGCUUCCAAAACAUUUGAAUACCAAAACGCGGCUUCUGAUUGGCUGCAGAAAGUUCCUGCAGCCAAUUGGAAGCCCCGUCGGACGUUCGGCUUCCAAAAAUACCGUAUUUUUUGCUCUAUAAGACUCACUUUUCCCCUCCUAAAAAGUAAGGGGAAAUUUAUGUGCGUCUUAUGGAGCGAAUGCAGGCUGCGCAGCUAUCCCAGAAGCCAGAACAGCAAGAGGGAUUGCUGCUUUCACUGCACAACGAUCCCUCUUACUGUUCUGGCUUCUGAGAUUCAGAAUAUUUUUUUUCUUGUUUUCCUCCUCCAAAAACUAGGUGCGUCUUGUGGUCUUAUAGAGCGAAAAAUACGGUAGUUUGCAAACCGGAACAGUGACUUCCGGGUUUGUGACGUUUGGGAGCCAAAACGUUUGGGAACUAAGCUGUUCGGCUUCCAAGGUACGACUGUAAAUCUGUGGGCUGCUUUCAUCUUUUUUUAUUUCUUUUUCAAUGACACAAUCCUGAAAAGCUUGGCAUGUUUGUGUCCAAGAGCCCAGAUGGGGAGAGAGUUGUUUCCACACCACCGACCUGUAAAAUGGGUAUAAAUAUCCAGAAAUGCAUGCAACAGCUAAAUAUUUUUUGUACCACCCACAAGUACGGUAUUUUUCGCUCUAUUAGACGCACCGGACCAUAAGACGCACCUAGUUUUUAGGGGAGGAAAACAAGAAAUAAGAAAGCAAUGCAAAGCAUCUCGAGCUAAGAAGGAGUGCUCCUCCAUCUUCACUCAGGAGCUUUGCUGGGCUAUCCCUGUGCACCGAUCCCGCUUGCCCUCCUGGCUUCAGUGAAAGCAAGCCUACUGGCUUUCCUCCCGCAAGAGCCGCACACUCUUUAAAGGCAGCGCGGCUCUUGGGGGCUUUUCUGGGAGGUGGGGAAAGGGACAGAGCCGCGUGCUCUGUCCCUUCCCCCACCUCCCGCAAAAGCCAGGGAUAGCCGUGCAAAGCCUCCGCAGGACAGUGGGAUGAAGGCGCCCCGCGGAGGCUUGUCGGGGUAAGCCCUGGUUGCUCUGCCGGCACCCGGGGUUUCCCCCGCCAGCCCAAAGAGCGGCUCAGGAGUGUGCACCUGCACGCAGCCUGCCCACUGCUCCCAGGGCUGGAGGGGGAAGCCCGGGUUUCCCCUGCCAGCCCCAAAGCAGCUCAGGAGCGUGCCGCACUCCUGCAAUUUAGCUCCAGGGACCACACAUUCACUCCAUAAGACGCACAGACAUUUCCCCUUAGUUUUUAAGAGGAAUAAAGUGCGUCUUAUGGAGCGAAAAAUACGGUAACUUAGAUGCGCAUUGUAACUGAGACGAGCACCUCCUACCAACCUCCUUUCAUCUUUGUCUCUGACAGGCGAUGGAGCGAUACCAGACAUGCUUACUCGGUCAACUCUUCUGUGUGCUGGAGGAGAAGCAGCAGACACAGGAGCUGAGCUGGUAUGGAGAAAUAUCGCUGGCUGCGUCUGUCCCACCCCUCUUGCCUCCUUAGGCCUAGAAUGAACCUCUUUUCUUCUUUUUAACUGCAUAGUUCAGUCAGUAGAGCACAAGACUUUUAAUCUGAGGGUUGUGGGUUCAAGCCCCACGUUGGGCAAAAAGAUUCCUGCGUUGCAGGGGGUUGGACUAGAUGACCCUCGGGUUCCCUUCCAAUUCUACAAUUCUAUGAGUCUUUGCUUCGGUCAAAACUGCAGGCAAGGAAGCAGUGGUUGCUGGUACCCCUUAGGACUGGGGGGGGGGUUUGAAGGCAACCUUUAUUUAAAAAAAAACCCAGAAGCCUUUCUCUGAGGGAUAAUAGGACAGGAUAUAGCAAAAGACCGGAAGAAACAACAGUGGUGCCUCGGGUUACAGAUGCUUCAGGUUACAGACUCCGCUAACCCAGACAUAGUACCUCGGGUUAAGAACUUUGCUUCAGGAUGAGAACAGAAGCGGCAGCAGGAGGCCCCAUUAGCUAAAGUGGUACCUCAGGUUAAGAACAGUUUCAGGUUAAGAACUGACCUCCAGAAUGAAUUAAAUUCUUAAUCCGAGGUACCACUGUACUUAUGUAUGCAAGCACAGCAGUCCGGAUGCUUUAUGCGCAGAGAUGGAAGCAAGAUGCCGUCCCAACCAAGGAAGAAUGGCAGGCAAAAUUAAUGGAAUAUGUAGAAAUGGCAAAACUUACGGGGUUGAGAAAUCAUCUGAAGGCAGCCCUGUUUAGGCAAGCUUUUAAUGUUCAAUAGACUAUUGUAUUUUAAUACUCUGUUGGAAGCCGCCCAGAGUGGCUGGGGAAACCCAGCCAGAUGGGCGGGGUAUAAAUAAUAAAUUAUUAUUAUUAUUAUUAUUAUUAUUAUUAUUAUUGAUCAAGAAAAAGUGUUUUUAUUAAAGAACGGGGAUGUUACAUAUAUUUUUUAAAAAGAAUCAUUGUAAACAACUAAAUACAUUAGCAGGAUUAAUAUAAAAUCAAGCAGUUGGGGGGAAAGAAGAUCUAUCUAUCUAUCCAUCUAUUUGUCAGGAGUUCAGCCUACACUCGAGUAGGACCCUGGCAGAGACACAUGCCCGACUGGCAUGUUCUCUCCCUCCUGGUUGUUCGUUCGGGAGCUUCAAAAGCUUUCUUCUGCCCGAACAUCACAGCGACUGAUGCCAACCGACACCGGCACACUUAGGGAUCGGCAGAGUUUGUGCAACUUUCGUGACAGACCUCAGCAACUCAGCAUUUUGGCUAAUCUACUUUAUUUACAUAUAAACACACACGGAGCACUGCAACAUGGCUCCCUCUCUCUCUAGCAUCAGACAGCAAAGAGAGAGAGAACAAAGGACAAUAGUCCCACUUCACGGAACAUAGGAACACAAACAUCCUGUUUCCGUUACUUCCCACUCUGUGGAGUCAAUGUGAAAGACAACAAUCCCAUGACUGCAAUCAUGGAGCAGGAAUUCUAACACUAUCAUCUAUCUAUCUAAAAGAUGUUAUGGGGGAGGUACAGUUUAAUUAAACGAAUUCACUACAUAACCAGAGAAGGAGUGGAGGGAAGUCGAAAUGAAAGAUACAAAUGUAAAGGAGACUCUUGUUGUUAAAUUGAAAACUAUGUAUAUGGGGUAGAAGGCAGGGAGCCCAACAGCAGGUGACGGCAGAGUCAAUAACAGGCAGCUCCAACUAAUUCUUCCUCCUCCCUGCUAAGUCCUAUAAGGGGGAACAUUGGGACUAAGGAGGAGGAGGUCGAUUUGCUAUUCCACCUCAGUUUUGACUAACCUAGGCAGGAGAGACUGGGAAUGUUGGGGAGGGCAGCACCCCAUUUUCCAAAAUAGACCCGUCUCCACUGCUAGGAAGGCUGCAAAUGUCUCUCCCCACCCCCCAAAUUAUGCAGAAUAAUAUCCAGCUGCCUUUCCUGGAUUAGCCUUUUGGAUUCAGCUAGUAGAUCAUCUUUUAUGUGAUCUAUAAAGCAGCAAACAUGUCUCUUUUUUUCCCAGGGUCCAGUGUCGUUUGAGGAGGUUGCUGUGUUUUUCACGGAGGAGGAGUUGCCUCUGCUGGAUCCUGACCAGAAAGCUCUACACAGGGAAGUUAUGGAGGAGAAUUAUGGGAUGGUGGCCUCUUUUGGUAAGGCCCCCUAUUUCCCUGGCUGGGAAAAUAAGGAACGCGUAAUUUCUUUUGCACAUUUCCACACUCCAACCAUAUUUUGGGUAGUGCGGUUCUAACCAUGUCUACUCAGCUAGUAAGUCACAUUAAAUUCAGCGACUGCAAGCUUAUCUUUUUGAGGGAAGCAUUUAAAAACAGCCUCGGCUCUGCAUGCUGUCUGAGCUGGGAGCUGAACCCAGGUCUCUGACAGACUUCAUCCAGCUCCAGCAUUCAUGGAGAAGACUGCCAUACUGGCUCUGCUCGGCCUCCACAGCUUGGAGAGAGUAGUGCUACCAAAAACCGGUUGCUAGAAACCCUGCGAGGCGAGCGUGCCCUUUCCUCAGGUCCUGUUUGCGGGCUUCCGACAUGCAUCCUUUGGCCACUGUGAGAACAGGAUGUUGGAUCCAGCAGACACUUUUUAUGUUCUUUUUUUCUUUUCCUUUUCUUUUUUUAAACAUAUUUAUUGAACAUUCAAAAAGUACUUAAUUACCGUAUUUUUUGCUCCAUAAGACGCACUUUUUCCCUCCUAAAAGGGGGAAGUGUGUGUGUGCGUCUUACGGAGCAAAUGCAGGCGGGAGGCUCUGCUCAGUGCUCCCUUUAAAGAGCUGCGUGGAGCGUGUGUGCGGCUCUUGGGGGCUUUUCCCCGAGGAGGGAGAAGGGCAGCCCUCUGUCCCUUCCCACACCUCCCGGAAAAGCCAGCAAGAGCUACUGCCAGGUUCUGCCCAGCGCUCCCUUGUAAGGGCACCCUUUCAUCCCUCAUCCUGUUUUGCUGGGAAGCCAGCAGACGAGGGGCUCUGCAGCAACUGCUCUUGCUCUGCUGGCUUCUCAGCGAAGCGGGAGGAGGGACAGAAGGGUUCAAAGCAAGAAAAGCGAGAGCCGCUUACAUGCUCUGCGCAGAAUAUUUUUUUUCUUGCUUUCCCCCUCUAAAAACGAGGUGCGUCUUAUGGUCAGGUGCGUCUUAUGGAGCGAAAAAUACAGUGUAUGUGCACUAAACAUGGUGAGACGUAAAUAAAAGGGAGAAAAAGAAUAAGAGAAGCAGAACCCGUGUAGAAGGGAAAAUAAAGGGGGGAGGGUAAAUAACCCCAAACUGUAUAUUUUACAAGGUCGUUACUGUACUUCACCAGAUCUCAGACCUAUUACAGUAUUUGUAAGAAUGAAUUCCAAAUAUCAUUGAAUUUGUCCAUGGCAAGUCUGCAUUUAUAUGCAAGUUGUUUGUAUGUUGCGAGUUUGUAUAAGUCUUCAAUCCAAUCGUAGAAGGGAGCCGCAUUUUUAUUUUUCCAAUUCAUCAGUAUCAGUCUUUUUGCUAUGGUUAGGGCACGGAGAGUCCACUCGUAUUGUCCUUUCGUAAGGUUCCAUGUGCUGGCUAUGUAAUUCAAGGGGAUAUUUUGCUCUGUAAAUGGAAGGUUGUUCCAUACAGUUCUGUUAAUAGUUUCGGUUCUUAGGUUUAUAGCAUACCAGUUGCAGGGAAUUUCGGGUGGAGUCCAAUGCUCUAACCAUUACACUACACCACACCACACCACACAGGCUCCAUAAACAUCAUGAGGACAGUUCUCCGUGUUGGUAGAACCUGAGACUCUUAAUCUAAUGGGUUCAAGCCCCACAUUGGGCAGAAAGAUUCCUGCAUUGUAGGGGGUUGGACUUCAUUAUUAUUAUUAUUUGAAUUUAUAUACUGCCCUAUAUCCAGGGGUCUCAGGGCAGUCCACAGAAUAAAAUCAAGAUAUAAAACCACAAAAUACAUAAUAAAAAUAAAAACAACAACCCAAUAGCCCCCCCAAACAACAAAUUACAAUCAUAGAAUUGUAGAAUUGGAAGGGACCCCCAGUGUCAUCUAGACUAUCAUCCUGCAAUAUAUGCCAGUUGCCAGUAAAUGCCAGUCAACAGAAUGUGUGAAAAUUUGCCUUCCGUAUAUUGCAAUGACCUUUAUUGCAAAGUGUCAUUCUGUUUGCUUGGUGAAUGGAGGCUCAAUGUCUUCCCCAAGCUCUUACCACUUCCCCUGUCUUCAUUACAGCAGGCGGCGAAUGGGAAAUGCGGAAUAAUCGUGACCGACUCCCAAAGGUGUCAUCGGAAAGAGACAGAUGCAAAAAGAGCAAAACGCACACCGGACAGCUGCCGUAUAAAUGCUUGGAGUGCGGAAAGAGCUUCAGACUGAGUGCAAGUCUCACAAACCAUCAGAGAAGCCACAAUGGGGAGAAACCAUACAAAUGUUUGGAAUGCGGAAAGAGUUUCAGUCUGAACAGAGACCUUGCUUAUCACCAGAUCAUUCACACGGGGGAGAAGCCGUUCCAAUGCACGGAGUGCGGAAAGACUUUUACUCGAAGCACAAACCUCCGCGGUCAUCAGAGAAUCCACACAGGCGAGAAACCCUACCAGUGCUUGGUGUGUGGAAAGAGCUUCAGCCAGAAGAAAUAUCUCACGUCUCAUCAUCGGAUUCACACAGGGGAGAAACCCUAUAAAUGUUUGGACUGUGGGAAGUGCUUCAUUCUGAACAAAGACCUCACUUGCCAUCAAAGAAUCCACACGGGGGAGAAGCCGUAUCAGUGUUUGGAAUGCGGGAAGAACUUUCGCUUGAACAAAGACCUUGCUUGUCAUCAGAGAAUUCACACCGGGGAGAAACCGUACCAAUGCUUGGAAUGUGGAAAGAGCUUCAAUAGGAGCACAAACUUCCGCUGUCAUCAGAGAAUCCACACCGGGGAGAAACCCUAUCAGUGCUUGGAGUGUGGAAAGAGCUUCACUCGGAAGGUACACCUCACUUGUCACACACAAAAAUCACACUCGGGGGAAAUCGUACAGGAGAUUGGAGAUGAGCUAUUCCAGGAUUCCUUUGAAAUCCUUACCGUGGACAUAUGAAAAGGAAUUCGAGAGAGAUAAAUUUUGCUCUAAAGUCAAACUCGAAUAUAAUACAGUUAAACCUUGGAUCCCGAACGGCUCCAUUUUCGAACGCUUCGGCUUCGGCUCCCGAAUGAUGAAAACAUGGAAGUAAAUGCUCCAGUUUUGGAACGAAGCUGAAUGUCCAACGCGGCCUGCAACCAAUCGGAAGCCGCGCCUUGGUUGUUGGAACAUUUCGGAAGCCAAACGGGCUUCUGGAACGGAUUACGUUCGACACCCGAGGUUUGACUGUAGCUGUUUUGCAGCCAUGGGAGAGAUCUGUAAAUAUGUUGUGUUAUUAAAGUUCUCAAGCAAUCUUUGUUUUCAGUUAGUUGCUGACACAACACGGUGGUCCAGAAGCGAGCUUGCAAUUUUUGCUGACAUAUCAAAGAGAAUUAAAUCAAUACCAAGUUAGAGCAUUGAUCCAUCUAGCUCAAUAUUGUCUUCGUUGACUGGUAGUGACAUUACAGGCAGGAAAUGUCAUCCAGAGAUCCCCUUCUGUGUGAGACAUGUCUUCAGUCUCCUCAUUGGAAAUAUACAUAUUUAUACUGGCAAUGGGCCAAACAUCUCUCUGUUAAUCUCAAAGAGUUGCAUUCAACUAAGUCCUACUCAGAGUAAACCCUCUGAAAUUAAUGAACCCAAUCAUAUCUCCAGUGGGUCUACUCUUGAGCAGGACUAACGUUGCACACCACCCAAAGUAAGUGUUUACAGUGUUUUGUAUUGCUGGUACCUCGCACCGCAGAAGUCACAAUAUUAUCACCAUUUGUUGAAAAUGAUGAAAACGCCAUUCGUACAUGGUGGAAAAAUAAAAUCGCCUAUUCCUGUGGGAACGUUAUAGCUCAGAUGAACGAAAAUACUGGCAGUUCCGUAUCUGCAAUACAGUCGUACCUUGGUUUUCGAACAGCUUAGUUCUCGAACGUUUUGGCUCCCCAACACUGCAAACCGGGAAGUGAGUGUUCCAAUUUGCGAACUAUUUUGGAAGCUAGAUGUCCAAUGGAGCUUCCUGUAGCCAAUCAGCAGUUGCGUUUUGGUUUUUGAAAAUUUUGGAAGUUGAACAGACUUCCGGAACAGAUAUGCGUUCUACUUCCAAGGUGCGACUGUAUAUAUUUUACUUGGUUGUCUCAGUGGCGGGGGACAGACUAUUGCUAGCACGUAACUCUGGUGUUUAAAAGCUUGCGCUGGUUGCCCGCUGGGAAAAGUUAAAGGUUCUUGUAUUAAGAACCUGGGCCCAGUAUAUUCUUAGGACUGCCUGAUUCCUUAUAUCCCGGCCCGAUCAAGGUCUUCAAAGCAGUCAUUGUUACGAUCCCUCAUGAUGUUGUGGUUCAUCUCCAUCAGGAGCUAUGUGGCAGGCCCAAUUGUGUGGAACUCCCAGUUAAAAUCACAUACCCUCCAACAUUUUCCCAAUGAAAAUAGGGAUGUCCUUAAUUCCCCGCCACUCUGGGCUGCUUCCAAUAUAUAUAAAAACAUAAAACCUUUAAAAAAACUUCCCUGUACAGGGCUGCCUUCUAAAGGUUGUAUAGUUACUUAUCUCCUUGGCUCGGGGGGGUCGCAAUAACUCCAUACCCUCCAAUAUUUCUAGGAUGAAAAUAGGGAUUUCCGAAGGAAAAGCAGGACAUUCCAGGAUGAAAUCAGAAACUGGGGCGGCUUCUGUAAAUCUGGGACUGUCCCUGGAAAAUAGGGUCUGAGAUCAGUUUUGUUGAGCUUCCUGUGCUCAGUGAUGACCUUAAAAAGCUGGCGUUUAAGUAAGCUAUUCAGAUUUUAUGGUUAGUUUUAGUUUUCUUGUAUCUUCUCAACUACACUGCACACCAGUCUUAGAGGCUAUGAUGUUAAGCGGUAUGUAAGUGGCUGAAAUAAAUUGACAAUAAGAAGGGACCCUUUGGAAUUGCAGUAAAUCUUUUAUUUAAACACAUAGUGGGAAUAGUUCUAGCCACCAAAUGGAGGCUCUCUUGUAUUCCUCCACAAAAGGAUAUAGCCUCAGCAGUAAUGUUAACAGGAUCCAAUCAUUUAUGCGAAGGCAGGCAAAAGAAAGAAAUCUCUGAGCAACGUGGAAAGCCAUUAUUGCAUCAUACUGCAAUGUAAUAUGGAUAUCAAAGUGAUCUGACCGCACAUUGGAUUAAUGAGUUACCUUGCAUAUAUUAACUCCUAUGUAAAGCAAGAACAAGAUUGUAUAAGUGCAGAUUAAUUUGGUAACUCCCAUUGAUGAAACACAUUUUAUCAGUGAAUAAUAUUAUCUGUUACGUGUAUAUAUUGUGCAUUUUGUGAUGUGUGUUUUGUAUAUUUAUAAUAAAACUUUCCCCCCCUUAAGUACUUGCAAUAUGG